AUGUGGUGCUGUAUUCGGCACUUUGAUUUGCGGAUCGUGAAUGACUGCAAUGUUGUCGAUUCCGAAGCUACAGCGAUGCACGGAGAGCCGGCAGCUUCCACAGUUGCUGUCGCUGCUGUCAGGCCUCCUAGAACACCGGCGUCUCGGUUACUACUGGCGUGCAUCAAAGACCCCAUUACUUUGUCCGAUGUUGGAAAGCACAUCACGUCAUUGCAGGGGGCAACACAGGCAGAAGAACGCAUCAAGCUGUUGCAGUCGUUAGCCAGUAUGCAGUUGUGGGAAGUCCGUGAGGGUCGCCGUUUGCCUGGCGCUGACAUGCGCAGCGUGUCCUUCCAUCGGUUUCCUUUGUCUCCCACUCUUCGCGCAACGCUUCAACACCUUGAUGUUCCCGAGUCCUUCUGGCCGGUUCCCCAAUCAUGUCCAACCGCCCCUAGAGAUCAGGCGCUACCUUCUCAAACUCCAACUGCAGCGCCUCCUCCAAUGCGCGGCGCAGGAAAACGGGCCAGACCCCCAGAUGCAGCAGCAGAGGAUGCCAAAAAGGGCCGUGGCCGCCCAUCCGCCAAAGAGGUUGAUGAUCUCUAUUCACUGCAAGCAACGCUGCCUUGCGAGGAAGAUAUUUCCAAAGAACAGUUCCUGAAGCGUGAAAAAGCUUGGCCCACUUCUUUGAUCGCCGGGCACACUCUGCGGAUCAGGCUGGAUUCGAAGGCCAUGUGCGUGUACCAGCGCGAUGACAAGCAAAUACGGCGAAAGUCGACCCCAAUUGCUUCGCAUGGGGAUUUCCAAGCCGCCCGCUCUUGGAACCCUUUUAACUAG